AUGCCGACUCUAAGGGCGUAUUGGGACUCGAAGUCUGCUUCGGAACGUGCAAAGUUGGUAGGCAUGAUGAACAAUGUCAUCGCAAUUGCCAAGCAGUGGGGUAAAUCACACGCCAAGGAGAUUUGGUAUAGUGAACGGGUUUAUGUACCCGUCAACCAUGAUAACUCUCAUUGGUUCUUGAUGGUCCUAUAUCCAAGACAACGGGAGAUCAUUAUUAUCGAUAGCUUAGUGUCAAAUGCUCUCCUAAAGUAUAAGCAGAUGAUCAAUUUGAUGACGGAGGCGCUCCCGAUUCUCUUCCAUGCCACCGGAGACGUCACCGCGCAUGAAGGGAAGACUUGGACUGCCAAAUCCAUGAAAUCUGUGCCAAAGCAAUGCAAUGGUUUUGACUAUGGCAUAUUUGUAAUUAAAUUUAUCGAUAUACUGUGCAGCAGUCGUACCUUGGAGGGAACAGACAUGUAA